AUGAAUAUUCAGAAGGACGAUUGGAUGGAUCGCCGUAAAAUCGUCCGACGCAAUACACAGUCAUCAGCUUCAACGUAUGUACUAGAGAAGCUUCACAUCGAUCUCGUCAUCGAGAUACUCUCAAGAUUAUCUGCGAAGUCAAUCGCAAUUUGUCGUUGUGUGUCAAAGCAAUGGAAUUCAUUACUUGUCAGCCAAGAUUUCGUGGAAUCGUUCCUGAGAAGUUCAUUGUCUCGUCCGCGUAUUUGGUUCACCUUCAGAUUUGACGGCAAGUGGAACUUCUUCUCAUCCCCUCAGCCUCAAAAAUUUGGUAAUAACUUAAGUGUUGAAGCAACAGAGCAUCAUAUGGGUUCUUAUGAGAAUUGGUACAUGAAAAGUUGUCAAUCUGUUCAUGGAUUUAUCUUUAUGAGUUAUAACUCAAAGGGAAUGACAGAUAGGACUCAAGUUAUAUGGAACCCUUGCACGAGGCAGCUCAUAACUUUACCUAAACUGGAACCGGAGAAUCUUGAUUUUAACAGUUUUUUUGCGUAUGAUCCAACCGAGAAACAAUUCAAGGUUUUGUGCAUGACCGUGGUUAAUAAACAACAAACAACCUCCUACAAGUAUCAAGUUCUGACAUUAGGGACAGGACCGUUGUUGUGGAGAAACAUAGAAUGUCCGUUUAUGUAUCGUCUUCGUGAUAAAAGUAACAGAGGGAUAUGCAUCAAUGGAGUUUUGUAUUUCAUAGGUUGGAUCAAAUGUAGUACCAUGAUAAUAAUUUGCUUCGAUGUUAGCUCAGAGAAAUUUAGUUUCAUAAAAAUAGAAAAUGCAUUCAUUGUGACUCUUAUAAACUAUAGGGGCAAGUUAGGUGUAUAUUUAGUUGUUUAUGGUAGUCCUCGUGGUGAGGUAUGGGUUCUAGAUGACACCAAGAAUGAUAACUGGUCGAAGCACAACUUUGUUUGUCCAUAUUCAGGUCAGGAAAAUUCAACGUGGGCAACUGGUACGGGUGAACUUGUUUGGCCGUCAAGUCCUUGGACCCAACCAUUUUAUGUUGUGUACUACAAUUUGGAAAGACAAAGUUUUAGAAGAGUUGACAUCAAAGGAAUGGAAAACAAGGUGUCCACGGGUAAAGAUCGCUAUGACGGAUUUUUCACCUUCACGAAUCAUGUUGAGAAUUUGAUGGUUUUGCCAUUGCACAAGAAAACCAUUCCCAUUCAGGACACUCUCACGAACCGGGUUAUGGAGAGGGAAACUCUGACAAGAAGUCCUUUAACCCAAACUGCUUAUGCUUCUUCUUACUCUACCACGAGAUCUUACAAGAGCUCAGGGAAAAGAUGCUCGGAUCGAAGCAUUGGAGAAGACGAGCAAGAUGAUAUUGGUGAAAAACGCGGAGAUCAAGCGGCAGAACGAAGAGAACGCUCGACAAAACGUGGAAAACAUGAAGUUCAUUGA